UCGAUUGACGACAUCUUACAGUGCUUGCCUGCUUGGUGUGGUCUUCAAGUGGAAGAAAAAAGGGCGAGAAUGAAGGCGAACGCCACUCAAUCACAGAUCCAACGCCCACAUAUAUCGUCUUUGUGCGCGCCCCAAAUUCGAAACCCCGUUUUGCCGCGGAAUAUUCCUUUCUCGUAUUCUUCUUCUGAAUUUCGCUCAAUAGGGCUUCCAGUUCGUUUGCUCUCACAAUCGCAGAUUUGGAACUCGAGAUUUUUGGUCAGUCACAGGCGAGUAUCGGAGAAGUUAUCUGAUUCGUUUGAGCCAGAUUCGGGUCCAGAACAUGUACCAGAACCAGAUAAGGUGCUUAUUAACAGGAAGUCUUCGCUCGCGGAUAUAUUGAAGCAGGCAAAUUCCUUACUGCCUCAUGUAGUCAUUGCUAGUACACUGCUUGCUCUUGUUUAUCCACCAUCUUUCUCCUGGUUUACCAGCAGGUACUAUGCCCCUGCCUUGGGGUUUUUAAUGUUUGCGGUGGGGGUCAAUUCCAGUGAGAAGGACUUCAUUGAAGCAUUCAAGAGACCUGCUGCUAUUUUUGCUGGUUAUGUUGGUCAAUUUGUACUGAAGCCUAUUCUUGGAUAUCUUUUUGGCACAAUUUCAAUUACCCUUUUUGGUCUUCCUAAUGCCGUAGGCGCAGGGAUUAUGUUGGUAUCUUGUGUUAGUGGGGCCCAGCUUUCAAAUUAUGCCACAUUCCUGACAGACCCGCCAAUGGCCCCUCUAAGCAUUGUAAUGACAUCAUUGUCUACUGCUAGUGCGGUUUUUGUUACACCGUUGUUAUCACUUUUGCUUAUUGGAAAGAGACUGCCUGUUGAUGUGAAAGGAAUGGUGUCCAGUAUUUUGCAGAUUGUAGUUGCUCCUAUAGUCACAGGCUUGCUUCUGAAUCGGUUCUUUCCUCGGAUUUGUGAUUCUAUCAAAUCAUUUUUGCCUCCACUUUCCGUAAUUGUGACAGCUCUCUGUGUUGGAGCACCACUUGCUAUUAACGUUGAUUCUGUUAUGUCCCCUUUCGGGAUAACCAUAUUGUCGCUUAUUAUUGCAUUUCAUCUGGUAGCAUUUGUAGCCAGUUAUUUCCUUGCUGGUUUUUUCCUCCACAAGGCACCUGACGUGAAAGCACUGCAGAGAACAAUAUCCUAUGAGACAGGAAUGCAGAGCAGUCUUCUUGCCCUUGCUCUGGCUAAUAGGUUUUUCCAAGACCCACUUGUGGCUGUGCCUCCUGCUAUCUCUACUGUAAUCAUGUCUUUGAUGGGCUUCUCCCUCGUCAUGAUUUGGGCUAAGAGGAAACAGUAGGAGUGUGAUGGAAAAUUCCUGCAAAUGUUGAUAAGGGCGCAUACUGGCUACUGUAAACAGAAACUGAACUCUAAUUCUCUUAGUUCUAGCUCGGCCCAUUAGCAAAACGAGCUUUGAAAUACAGGUCCAGUGUAUCUAGUUUUACAGAAGACUUACCCAUGGGCCUUAUGUCAGGCCUGCCAAAAAAUUGGGCUUAUUUUACUAAAUAGAGUAUUUGUAAAAAAAAUCACAAAAAUCAUCACAGAAAAUGUCAAAAAUUAUGAUGUGAUGAUAGAUCGAAGGUGAACAACAA